GGCUGUCCCUGCUGACCAUGAGGCUCCUCGUGCUCCUGGCUGCCCUGGUGGCAGUGGCCACCUGCACCGAGACCUUCUUUGGGCACCAGGUGCUGCGUGUUGUCCCCCAGAGCGAUGAGGAGCUGCAGAAGGUGCAGGAGCUGCAGGACCUGGAGCAUCUGCAGCUGGAUUUCUGGCUGGAGCCCCGCAAGCUCGGCCAGCCCGUGGACAUCCGCGUGCCCUUCCGCAGCCUGCAGGCCGUCAAAGUCCACCUGGAGGCCUCUGGGGUCUCCUAUUCCAUCAUGAUCGAGGACGUGCAGAUCUACAACUUCAUGGACAUGCUGGUGGCCGAGAACCCCAACCUGGUGAGCAAGCUGGAGAUUGGCCGCUCGACCGAGAACCGUCCCCUCUACGUGCUCAAGUUCAGCACAGGGGGCUCGAACCGCCCGGCCGUCUGGAUCGACACCGGCAUCCACUCCCGCGAGUGGGUGACACAGGCCAGCGGCGUCUGGUUCGCCAAGAAGAUUGUCGAGGAUCAUGCAAAUAACGAAGGAGUGGCCUCCAUCCUGGAGACGAUGGACAUCUUCCUGGAGAUUGUCACCAACCCAGAUGGCUUUGCCUACACCCACACCACGAACCGCAUGUGGCGCAAGACCAGGUCCAAGCACGCGGGCGCCAUCUGCGUCGGAGUGGAUCCCAACCGCAACUGGGACGCAGGUUUUGGAGAUGCCGGAGCCAGCUCAAGCUCCUGCUCGGAGACGUACCACGGACCCUACCCCAACUCGGAGCCUGAGGUGAAAUCCAUCGUGGACUUUGUGAAGAGCCAUGGCAACAUCAAGGCUUUCGUCUCCAUCCACAGCUAUUCCCAGCUCCUGCUCUACCCCUACGGCUACACCGAGACCCCGGCACCAGAUGAGCAGGAACUGCACGAGGUUUCUGCCAAGGCCGUGGCAGCUCUGUCCUCCCUGUAUGGCACCAAGUUCACCUAUGGCAGCAUCAUCACCACCAUCUACAGAGCCAGUGGAUCGACCGUGGACUGGACCUACAACCAGGGGAUCAAAUAUUCCUUCACCUUCGAGCUGCGGGACACGGGGCGUUACGGGUUCCUGCUGCCCGCCAAGCAGAUCGUCCCCACCGCCCAGGAGACCUGGCUGGCACUGAAGGUCAUCAUGGAGCACGCCAGGGACAACAUGUACUGAGCUGGGAGCAGGCUGCAGCAGCUGCAGAGAGGGGAGAAGGCAGUCAGUUAAUAAAUGCAAAGAAGGAUGAGAAA